ACAUCUUCUUACCAAUGUUUGGUCCUUCUCAUGCAGUCGCAUAAUGAUUAGUAUCUCGUUCUUCUUCACUGGGUGGUUAUUAUUGGAGGCAAAUUGAGCGAAAUUCCGGGAUUUUUUCCUCCCUCAAAACCUGGAGUAGGAGGUACCUCAGUGGGAGAAGGACGGAACGAUCGAACACGUCGUAUCUUUACGCACGCUCGCGAAGGCUGUGUUGUGGUCCAGCUGCUUACUGGAAAUCUUGCUGAAACGUUAGCUAGCCAUUGCACUGACGUUUAUCUACGAACUGACACGGGUUUAAUGGUCAGUGGGACGUUCUUGCCUCGGCUUAUUUGACAGUGGAGGAGGUGAAAAAAAUCAAGAUACACCAGAGUGCAUCAGUUGGGAGAUGGGAGGAGGGCUUAGGCUUGAGCCCGUUGCUGCCCCACCCGUCUCACUGUGAGGCCUUUGUCUCCUACUCAUGAUUUCUCUAUAGCCGCUGCAGACCGGUGCUGUCAUGUUCAGGAACAGCUUGAAGAUGCUGCUUGGCGGCAAGUCCAACCGCAAAAAUCGCAACAGUGGCGGCAGCUCCACAGAGGGUGACGGGCUAUUUGAGGGCGACUACGGGGGGCCUCCUCUCCCGGUGACCGAGGGCAUGCAGCACAUCCGCAUCAUGGAGGGCGUGUCACGCUCGCUGCCCUCCUCCCCCCUACUCUCCCACCAGGCCCUCAACAUGAGACUGCAGCCCACCAAGAGGCUCCCAGGUGAGGAGAGCCAGGAGCUGGGCCCCCCUCCCUCUGUGGACGAGGCAGCCAACACCCUGAUGACGCGCCUGGGCUUCCUACUGGGAGACAAGAUGAACGAGGGACAGUCGGGCUCACAGUACGACAUGGACGACCACGACGACAGCCAGGGCAUGAUGUCAGUGACCCAGCGGAUCAGCCCCUGCUCCAGCCUGGCCAGCAGCACAGCCUCUCCCCCUGCAAGCAGCCCCUGCUCCACGCUGCCCCCAGGAGGGGCCCCCGGGAACCACGCUUCCGGAGACUGCGCCUAUGGUUCCAUCACCAGCCCCACCUCCACCCUGGAGAGCAGGGACAGCGGCAUCAUCGCCACACUGACCAGCUACUCUGAGAAUGCUGACCGGGGUGGGGGGAAGCACGGGGAGGGCUCGCGGGGUAGCCUGAAGCUGUGGCAGACCCAGAAGUGUUCGGGCACAGACUCGUUCCUGUACCGCGUGGAUGAGAACAUGGCUGCCUCGACCUACAGCCUGAACAAGAUCCCAGAGAGGAGCUUGGAGACGGCCCACUCCUCCCACUCUGCCCACUCCAUCCCUCUCUACCUCAUGCCCCGGCCCAACUCUGUGGCAGCCACGAGUUCGGCCCACCUGGAGGACCUGGCCUACCUGGAUGAGCAGAGACACACUCCCCUGAGGACCUCCCUCAGGAUGCCCCGUCAGAACUCUGGGUCUGGGCGCUCCGGACAUGACCUUAGAGCUUCUGCUUACAGCCAUGCCUGGCAAUCUAACUCACUACGCUUUGCCCCCUACCGCCCCCCGGAUAUCGCCCUCAAGCCCCUUCUGUUCGAGGUGCCCAGCCUGACAGCUGAUUCCCUCUUCACCGGGAGGGAGUGGCUCUUCCAGGAAGUGGACGCCCGUCUUCACGGCGACGACUCGGCAGCCAAUCGAGGUGUGGUUGUCGUGGGCAACGUGGGCUUCGGCAAGACUGCCAUCAUCUCCCGCCUGGUGGCACUCAGCUGCCACGGCAACCGCAUGAGGCAGAUCGCCUCGGACAGCCCCCACGCCUCGCCCAAACAUGGGGAGACCCUUCCCCUCACCCAUCCCCAGCACUCCCAUGGCACCCUGGGGGGCAGCUGCCCUGGCACCCCCGAGAUGAGGAGACGCCAGGAGGAGGCUUUACGGCGGCUCGCCUCACAGGUGGUGGCAUACCACUACUGCCAGGCGGACAACGCCUACACGUGCCUGGUGCCAGAGUUUGUCCACAACGUGGCGGCUCUGCUGUGCCGGGCACCCCAGCUCACGGCCUACAGGGAGCAGCUUCUGCGGGAGCCCCACCUGCAGAGCACCCUCAGUCUGCGCUCCUGUGUCCAGGACCCCCUCAAUGCCUUCAGGAGGGGCGUGUUGGAGCCCCUCGACGUCCUGCACAGAGAGAGGAAGAUAGCAUGUGAGGAGGACCUGAUCAUUCUGGUAGACGGGCUGAAUGAGGCAGAGUUCCACAAGCCGGACUACGGCGACACCAUCACCUCAUUCUUGUGUAAGACCAUGGAACGCUUUCCUCCCUGGCUCAAACUGGUGGUCACCGUCAGGACCUCCCUACAGGAGAUCACACAUCCCCUCCCGUUCCACCGUAUCUCUCUUGACCGCCUGGAGGAGAAUGAUGCCAUAGACCAGGACCUGCAGGGCUACCUGCUGCAGCGGAUCCAGGGCAGUGCUGAGAUCCAGAGCAACGUGUCUCUCAACGGGCGUCUGGACAACGCAGCCUUCGCCAAGCUGAGCACCCACCUUAAGGCCCUGAGCCGUGGCUCCUACCUCUACCUGAAACUGACGCUGGACCUCAUCGAGAAGGGCUACCUGGUGCUCAAGAGCUCCAGCUUCAAGGUGGUGCCGGUGAGCCUGGCUGAGGUGUACCUCCUGCAGCUCAACAUGCGUUUCCCCACCCAGUCGUCCUUCGAGCGUGCCCUCCCCCUGCUCAACGUGGCCGUGGCCUCCCUCCACCCCCUCACGGACGAGCAGGCAUACGGGGCAGUGAACGCUGGUGCCGUGCGAGGCCCUGCCCUGGACUGGGAAGACUUCCAGGGGAGACUGGAGCUGCUAUCGCCCUUCCUGGUGCGGAGGAGGGACGGAACACGUAUGUUCACACACCCCUCCUUCAGGGAGUGGCUCAUCUGGAGGGAGGACGGGGAGAAGACCAAGUUCCUCUGUGACCCGAGGAGUGGCCACACUCUCCUGGCCUUCUGGUUCUCACGUCAGGAGGGCAAACUGAACCGGCAGCAGACCAUAGACCUGGGCCACCACAUCCUCAAAGCACACAUCUUCAAGGGCCUGAGUAAGAAGGUUGGUGUCUCCUCGUCAGUCCUGCAGGGGCUGUGGGUCUCUUACAGCACAGAGGGGCUCUCCACUGCUCUGGCCUCACUGAGGAACCUUUACACACCCAACAUCAAGGUGAGCCGUUUGUUGGUCCUAGGCGGCGCCAACGUUAACUACCGUUCUGAGGUUCUGAACAACGCCCCAUUGCUGUGUGUCCACGCCCACCUGGGCUACUCGGAAACAGCCGGCCUGCUGCUGGAGAACGGAGCACACGUAGACGGAGAGUCCGACAGCGGCCUCACCCCGCUGGGCUACGCCGCUGCCGCUGGACACCUGUCCAUCGUCACUGCGCUCUGCGCCUGCAAGGCUAAGGUGGACCACCUGGACAGGAACGGUCAGUGUGCGCUGGUGCACGCUGCACUGCGAGGACACCUGCAGGUGGUCAAGUUCCUGAUGCAGAGUGACUGGAACCCUGACGGACAGCCCCAAGGAGCCUUCACCAAGAGUCACGCUGUCCAGCAGGCCCUUAUAGCAGGGGCCAGCAUGGGAUACACAGAGAUCGCCUCUUACCUAUUGGACCUGCCAGAGAAGGAUGAGGAGGAGGAGGAGCGAGCACAGAUCAACAACUUUGACACACUCUGGGGAGAGACUGCUCUGACUGCAGCAGCAGGCAGGGGGAAGCUGGAUGUGUGCAGGCUGCUGUUGGAACAAGGGGCAGCGGUUGGACAGCCUAACCGCCGGGGCAUCGUGCCUCUCUUCAGCGCUGUGCGCCAGGGACAUUGGCAGAUAGUGGACCUGCUGUUGAACCAUGGAGCUGACGUCAACAUGGCAGACAAGCAAGGCCGCACGCCCCUCAUGAUGGCCUCCUCAGAGGGCCACCUCGGCACAGCAGAGUUCCUACUGGCACAAGGUGCGUCUCUGGCCCUGAUGGACAAGGAGGGUCUGACUGCUCUGAGCUGGGCGUGUCUGAAGGGCCACAUGCCAUUGGUGCGCUGCCUGGUUGAGAGAGGCGCGGCCACCGCCCACGCCGAUAAGAGUGGACGGACCCCCCUGGACCUGGCCUCGUUCUACGGAGACUCAGAAGUGGUGCAGUAUCUGGUGGACCACGGGGCGAUGAUAGAGCAUGUGGACUACAGUGGGAUGCGACCUCUGGACCGGGCCGUGGGCUGCAGGAACACCUCUGUGGUGGUGGCUCUGCUCAAGAAGGGAGCCAAGAUGGGUCCGGCCACCUGGGCCAUGGCCACCUCCAAACCCGACAUCAUGAUCGUCCUGCUCAGCAAGCUGAUAGAGGAAGGAGAUGGUUUCUACAAGAAAGGUAAAGUGAAGGAGGCGGCCCAGCGGUACCAGUACGCCUUAAAGAAGUUCCCCCGCGAGGGCUUCAGCGAGGACCUCAAGACCUUCAGAGAGCUCAAGGUGUCCCUCCUCCUCAACCUGUCCCGCUGUCGGAGGAAAAUGAAUGACUUUGGGAUGGCUGAGGAGUUUGCUACCAAGGCGCUAGAGUUGAAAUCCAAAUCGUACGAGGCCUUUUACGCCAGAGCCCGCGCCAAGCGCAGCAGCAGGCAGUUCCACGCAGCCCUGGAGGACCUGAAUGAGGCCACCCUCCUUUGCCCUAACAACCGGGAGAUCCAGCGCCUGCUGCAGAGGGUGGAGGAGGAGUGUCUUCAGUUCGAGGAGCAACAGGAGCUGGACCCUCCCCCAUCCCCUCCCAGAGAGCAGGCCGCGCCCCCUCCCCAGUCACUGGAGCCAGUGCAGGACCUGUUUGAAGAGGACGAGGACUACCUGGAGCAGGACCUAGAGAACCUCCCCAUGGGCAUGACUCCUGAGCCCCGCUCAAGCCCCUCUGGCCUGCCCCUCAUCCAGAGCCUGCCCCCCUCUCCGUGCCACCGCAACUCACCCUACCUCUCCGGAGGCCCCUCCAUGGUCCAGGCUUUCGAGCUGCCCCCCAGCCCCCCUUCCAUGUCCUCCCCCACGCGCCAAGGCUACCAGUCCACUUCCCCGUCACUUUCCCCGACGCACCAGAGCUCCCACUACCGGCCCAGCCCUCCGCACACCUCCCCAGCACACCAGGCUUCCACUACGCCGUACAACUUCAGCCCACCACCUUCGCCUCUCCGCCGGGGGCCUCAGUACCGCGCCAGCCCCACCUCAGAGAGCGGAGGAGGUCUGUACCGGCCACAGUCGGCCUCAGCCCGCUACCAGUCGGAGCAGAUACCCAUCCGACCGAAGUCUCCGCUGUCUAAGAUGAGCAGCCAGCGCUCCUUCCAGCUGCUCUCCCAGCAGCAGCCUCCCCAGCAGGGCCAGUGGCUGCAGCCUGCCAAGGCUCAGAUCGUACGCACCAACCAGCCCAGCUCCGCUGUGCACUCCAGUGCUGUGCUGGGCACCAGUGCCUACAGCCAAAUGGCCCACUCCAUGAGCACCCGCCUCCCCCCCAACCUGGCCGAGCUGGGGGACGGGGUGAAUAUAUACCCCAGUGCCCUGGAAGGGAGGCCCACGCUGCAGGUGCAGGCCAGCCUCAGUGCAGGAGCACUCUACCAACAUGUUGGGAUCCAGAUGGUCCCAAUGGAGGACGAGCUCCCCCAGCGGCCCUCCUCAGCUUACCGGCCUGGAGGUCCGCGCUACGGCCAGGCCCCCCAGAUCAGCCGCAGCCAGUCGGCAGCGUACUACCCUGUCUCACCUCAGAUGGAGAUGGAGUUAGAGAUGGAACACCAGGCGGCGCUGGGAUCACCGGAGAACCCCCACGGCCUGCGCCGACCUGUCAGUGCCACCAGCGCAGAGCCAAAGCCACACGCACCCACUCCCCGGCCCCUCAUGCACUCCCAGAGCGUAGGCCUCCGCUUCUCCCCCUCCAACACAAGCCUGGGUGGGGUCUCUGCAGCUAAUCUAGCCCCAGGCUUCCGGGGCUCCACCUCUGCCCAGCAGAUGGAAAUCCCUCUACAGCUGUCCUACGAGGAUGGUAGCGUCUACUGCGACGACCUCUCGCCUGUGUCUCCUCCGCAGGGCAGCGACAUAAGGGUGGUGGGAGGGACGUACCCAGACAAGGCGCUCCGCUCCAGAAACACACCUUUCAUGGGCGUUGUCGACAAGACGGCGCGGACUCACCAGUACCUGCCACCGCAACCGCAGACAAUAGGGCGCUCCUGGGCCAUCUCUUCCCUGGACACGGUGGUGACAAGCUCCACCACGUCUCCAGGGAACAUUGGCCCUCAGCAUGGCUACAGCCAACAGCCCAGCCUGGGACACAUCGCCUACUACAACCGCACCAACAACGCCCACAACGGACACCUCCUGGACGAUGACUACUACCAGCCGCCAGCUAACAGCUCACGGGAUGGCAGGGCAGACGGCAUGGGCCGCGUGAGCCAGGCGCCAUCCUACCCAGACGUCAAGGUGGCCCGGACGCUGCCUGUAGCCCAGGCCUACCAAGACAGCGAGUACAUGCAGAACUCCAGGGACAGGCAGGGCCCCACGUCCCCUAUCAAACCAAAGAGACCUUUCGUGGAGUCAAACGUGUAGGGAGGGACUGAGGGAGAGGACUGAUAAGCCUGCAGAUAUUUUAAUUUGGAAUGACUUAUAGACAACCCCAAGGGUAUGUGAUGAGACUGGGAAGGCAACACUACUGCAGACAAACGCAUUUAAACUCUCCUCCCAUGCAUCUUCUUUGCCUCUGUCCUUCACAACCAUUUACUAUGGAUGAAUACAAGAAAGCCUAAAACUGCAGUUUGCCAGGUGAAUCCAACACCUCCAGUACUCCGGAAUAUGUUGGCCUUCUGUUUGCAGAGUAGUUUGUAUAGUCAGUGGAGGGGACAGGGAUGAUCCACAACUUUAGGAACUGGAGUCUGUUGGAAAAGCAUGUAGGACUAAUACCACACACCCUGACCUGGAAACCUCCAGAUCUCAAGCAGGGGAGACUGCUGCCUGCCGUUUUCUUCCUGCCCCUCAAUGCCUGUCCUGGGAUGGUCACUCUAGCUAUGAGCACUUCCCUGCUUAACCUGUUGAAGUCCAAACUCUCAAUGCCUUCUUCAGAAUAACUCAAUAGAAGGCCACCCUUCACUAAGAUGACUAUGUUCUCUGCUGUAAAUGUGACUGAAAAGAGGCUUCAACAUACUUGUACAUAGGAAAAGCAACAAAAAAAAUGUAAUAUUUAUCAUUUAAGUUAUGUUUGUAAAAUACAUUAUUUCCAUUGGUUGUAUUUUCUUUGCUUUUGUUUUUUUUUUUUGCUCAAGAAGUGACAUGCAGCAGGCUUUGUGAAGCUUUUGGGGAACAGGCAUUUCUUAUUUUCCAACAACUUGAAUGUUUCCUUUUACAGUUGAAUUAUCUCUACCAGCCAAAGCUGCAGUUAUUCGAACAUAACACUGUACUACAUACAGUUUUAGCCACUAAAGGGUCAAAGAUGUUGGCAGCAUGCACACGACUUCAAAUGACCUAAGUGGUCAUUGAAGGACUAGUUUUAUCCGUCCACAAAAUAAUGGAAAUUAGGUGGUCAGACGUUGUCUUCAAUAUAGAACAGAAAUGGGUCCAAAGCUAAUAUUUAGGUUAAGGAUGUAAACCGAGUUAUCAAUAUAUUCAGAAACGUACAAAACCAUCCGAUGUCUACAUUUUGGUUACAUGAAACUAGAUAUGUUUUGAAAAAAUACACUGAAGAAAGUGGUGUCAAGACUAGGCUACAUAACAUGGUUGGACUAGAUUAUCUAUACAAGGUUGUCAAUUGUGAUGGAUUUCAUACCUUUGAUUUGAUGCAAGUCAAUGCUACACAAUUACAGUGCAGUUUACCCACCAGUUUGGUUACACCCUUUAUCCUCUACUGGCACUUAGUAUGAACAACAAUCAGCUGAAAACAUGAAUCUGUGAAGUUUACAUUUUUAUUUACUGUAGUCUUCAUUCUUGUCACUUAAAAAUGUCAAACAUUUAGACUAACAGUUUUAUUUAUAAAUAUUUACUGUGUAUUGGUGUGCUUGAUUAUGUUUGGUAAUAGGUGGAGGCUCUCCGGUCGGUUCAUAAACACUCCAACCAGGACGUUGAAGGAAAUGAGCUAGUUGAUUGGAUGCACCUCUUGUUAAUAUCAAAGGUUAACCCUACAUCUGAGCCUGUUGCAGGAGGGACUUGUCAAUGCCCUCUGUCUGAUUAACACCCAAAAUAACAUUUAUUUUCAAUAAACUUUUUUUUUUUAAUAUAGUUCGUGUAAAUAAUUGUACAUGCUGUGCUGCAUAGAAAUGCAUGUUUGUUCUCUGCUUACUCCCAUGCUGAUAUAAACAUGUAAUAUGUUUGUAUAGCAGUUUAUCAAUAUUUGGAGAGGGAGGCAGAGUACAGGGUGGGGGAACAGCCAUCUUUUUUCUCUUGGGCUUGCUGAGCAGAGUUCUGUAAAUUGUCUGUAUAUGUGAGUUGUGGCGUUUUGAAACGAGAAGGUAAUAAGAAACAUGCGUUUUUAACCCAGUUAAGCGAUUGUAAAAUGUACUUAUUUAAAAAUGGUUACCACUUCAAGGAAAAUAAAUGUGGGUCGGCUCCUU